CCCAGGACCGGGAGACCACAGCUGGAACCGGACAGCCCGCCCAGGACCGGGAGACCACAGCUGGAACCGGACAGCCCGCCCAGGACCGGGAGACCACAGCUGGAACCGGACAGCCCGCCCAGGACCGGGAGACCACAGCUGGAACCGGACAGCCCGCCCAGGACCGGGAGACCACAGCUGGAACCGGACAGUACGCUCAGGACCGGGAGAUUUCACCUGGGGCCGGACAGUGUGCACCUGAGACCGGGAGAUUUCACCUGGGGCCGGACAGUGUGCACCUGAUCUCAGCUGGGGCCGGACGAGCACAGCUGGGGACGGACAUCAUACCUGGAGCCGGGGCAGCACAUCUGGACUGAGGGAGAUGCUGGCGUUGCUGGUCUUGGUUCUGCCACUGACUCUGGCAGCAGACAGGGACGUCCUCAACAUCUGCAUGGACGGAAAACACCACAAGACAAAGCCGGGCUUCGAGGGGAAACUCUAUCGUCAGUGUGAGCCAUGGAGAGAGAACGCCUGUUGUACAGCCAACACCAGCAUAGAGGCACACGAUGACCAGUCCUACCUCUACAACUUCAACUGGAAUCACUGUGGCAUCAUGACAGAGAGAUGCAAGAGGCACUUCAUCCAGGACACCUGUCUUUACGAGUGCUCCCCCAACCUCGGCCCCUGGAUUCAGCCGGUCGAUCAGUCUUGGAGGAAAGAGCGAAUCCUGGAUGUUCCGAUCUGUAAGAGUGACUGCGAAGAGUGGUGGAACGACUGUGGACAGGACUACACCUGCAAAUCCAACUGGCACAAGGGAUGGGACUGGUCCUCUGGCACCAACAUCUGUCCGGAAGACUCCAAGUGUGUGAAGUUUUCAGAUAUGUUCCCGACUCCCCGGGACCUCUGUGAGAAUGUGUGGAGCAAAUCCUACAAGUACACCUCGCACGAUCGGGGGAGCGGGAAGUGUAUCGUCCUGUGGUUCGACGCGGGUGUGAAGCCAAACCCCAACGAGGAGGUGGCGCGGUACUACGCUAUUCAGAAGGGGCUGAUAUCGGCUUCGAGAUCUGUCUCCCCGUGUCAUCUGGUCUUGCUGCCACUCCUCCUUGCUCGAGCCUUGUCCUAGAUCCCAGAACGAACCGCAGGGAGGGACUGUGGACGGGCUGUCCCCCUGAGGACUUGCUUUUGCACACCUGAGCCCCAGUGCGCACACGAUUCAACCAGCUUCGGUCUCCAGUCAGCGGCUUCAGGCGGACAGCGUCCGAGCAGACGGUCGUGGACUCACAAACCCGACAGCGCCACUUCCACCUCCUCCGGAAAGUCCUGAGGAACUUCACCGUGGCUGGAGGGUCUUCACAGAGUGACCACCAGUCAAAUGUAGACAACACAACGGCCAAUCGGUGCACAGUGAGAUCCCACAGAUAGACGCUAUUGACCGUACAGUGUUGAUGGGGGGUGGUGAGUAUUCUGGAUGUUAGGGAGUAUCCCACUCUUUGUUUUUCCAGAUGGUGUCUGUGGGAUUGGUUCCAGAGGGUUGAUGUUCCUCGGUGUAAGGAUCUGUUAAGGAAGAGUCACAGAACAGUAAAGGCCCUUCAGCCCACAGUGUUGUGCCAACCCUUUAAACUACUUUAAAUCACUCUAACCAUUCCCUCUUAAAGAGUUGUCUGUUCUUCUGUCACCCAUGUGCCUCUCUAAGAGUCUCUUAAAUGCCCCUAAUGUAUCUGCCUCUUCCACCACCCCGGCAGGGAGUUCUCCGCACCCACCCAGCGAUCUGGGGCCUAUUCUCGCCACUGUCGAUAAGGAAUUUGUAAGGUCUCCCUGUGACUCUGUCAGUUUUCUCCGGGUGCCCCAGUUUCCUCCCCUAUUCCAAAGAGGUACGGGUCAGCAGGUUAACUGAUCACAUGGCUGUGAUGUGGACUAUAGACACGAGAGCAGAUAUAGGCCAUUCAGCCCAUUGAGUUUGCUCUGCCAUUCCACCAUGGCUGAUCCUGGAUCCCACUCAACCCCAUUUCCUGCCUUCUCGCCAUGUCCCUAAAUGUCCUGACUGAUCAGGAAACUUAUCAACUUACAGCUUCAAUAUACCCGUGUACUUGGCUUCCACCACAGUCUGUGGCAGAGCAUUCCACAGAUUCACUACUCUCUGGCUGGAAAAAAAAGAAUUCCUCCUUACCUCCGUUCUGAAGGGUUGCCCUUCUAGGUCUGGAUACCGCCACCAUAGGAGUAUCCUGUCCACGUUCACCCUAUCCAAUCCUUUCAACGUUCAGUGCGUUGGGCAGCGUGGGCUCGUUGGAAUGACAUUGUGUGUCAAGGGGCCUGUUACCGAAAUGUAUCUCUAAAUAAAAACCAUUGAGCACAGAACAAAGCACAGCACAGGCUCUUUGGCCCUCAGUGUUGUCUGACCUUUCAAUCUACUCCAAGAUAAAUCUACCCCUUCCCUCCCACAUAACCCUCCAUUUCUCUUUCAUCCAUGUACCUAUCUAUUGAAUGUCCCUAAUGUAUCUGCCUUGGCCACCACCCCGGCUGUAUGUUCCAGACACCCGCCACCCUCUGUGUAAAAACAAACAAUCUCUGACACCCCCCGUGUACAUUCCUUCAUCACCUUAAAACUAAACCCCUCCGUAUUAGCCAUUUCCACCCUAGAAAAAUGCCUGACUGUCCACUCAAUCUCUGCCUCAUCAUCGUAUUUCUCUUGGUCAAGUCACUCUCAUCCUUCUUUGCUCCAAAGACAGAGGUCUGAGCUUGCUCAGCCUAUUCUCCAAAGACAUGCUUUCUAAUGCAGGCAGCAUUUUCUGCACCCUCUCUAAAGAUUUCGAUCUCCUGCUCCAGCUGUGCCCCUCUCCCUCAGCACUACCCCUCCAGUGUUCUCCCCUGUGCCAGGGACCCUCGUCACAGGUCGGGUAACAACCUUUCAGAGUAUCUGCGUUCACUGUACAGAAGUAACCUUCAGCUCCGUUCCCCCACUGAGCUAUGGCUGCCUCCCACAUCGUACCAAUGAAGCCCAACAUGGGCACGAGGAUCAGCUGUGGCCUGGGUGCCCUACAGCCCUCGCGACUCAAUAAAUGAAGUCAAUGGUGCAUCAGCAGUGGCGAUCUCCGGUUGAAGAGCAGGUGAGGCUGGUGUGCUUCCUGGGUUGUGCCGUCACUCUGGAAGCGGGUGGAGAUGGAAUCUGUGUUUCGUGACCUUUCAUAGAGGCUGGGGUAUCGUCAACCUGGGAUUAGGUCCUGUUUCUCUCCAUAGUUGCUACCUAAUCUGCUGGAUGUUUCUGGAUUUUGUUUCAGAUUUUUUAGCUUCUGCAGGUUCCUCACCCAAUCCCAGUUCUGGUAAAACUCCAUAAGACGUAGGAGUAGAUUUGUAUCUGGUUCCACCAUUCCAUCAUGUCUGAUUUAUUAUUCCUCUCAGUCCCAUUCUCCUGCCUUCUCCCUGUACCCUUUGAUGCCCUGACUAAUCAAGAACCUAUCAAUCUUUGCUUUAAAUAUACUCAAUGACUUGGUCUCCACAGCCAUCUGUGUCAAUAAAUUCCAUUUGUACUUCCAUAAAGUACAAAUCUUAUUAAGAAGUGGUUUCCAACAACAGUUCAGGAUUGGCGGGGAAGGGGGCAGAAGCCAGAAUAAGAUGGAAGUGGGAAAGUACAAGCUGCCAGGUGAGAGGGAAGCUGGAUGGGUGGGGGAGGGGAUGAAGUAAGAAGCUGGGAGGUGAUAGGUGGAAGAGGUAAAGAGCUGAAGAAGAAUGAAUCUGAUAGGAGAGGAGAGAGGGCAGAGGGAGAUGAUGGGCAGGUGAAGAGAAGGGAUGAGAGGAGAAUCAGAAAGUGGAAUGGAACAGGAUAGAAUGGGGAGCGAAGAAUACAUUCUCUGAAGUUAGAGAUGGUGUGGCCAGGAUGGUGGUAGGGGCAGAUACAUUAGGGGCACGUAGGCGACUCCUGGAUAGACACGUGGAUGAUAGGAAAAUGGAGGCUAUGUGGGAGGGAAGGGUUAGAUUGAUCUUGCAGUAGGUUAAAAUGUUGGCACAACAUUGUUGGCCAAAGGGCCUGUACUAUUCUUUGUUCUAAUUCUCCAACUAGAGAGACUAGCUCCUUUCUUCACAGAUGCUGCCUAACCCAGUGAGUUUUUUUUUUAGUGAUACAGUGAAGAGUAGGCCCCAAAUCAGAAACAAGAGAAAAUCUGCAGAUGCUGUAAAUCCCAGCAACACUCAUGAAAUGCUGGAGGAACUCAGCAGGCCAGGCAGCAUCUAUGGAAAGGAGUGCAGUCGACAUUUUGGGCCAAGACUCUUCGAGCUACGCUGACCCCACAACCCCUGACAAACAUGAUUAACCCUAACCUAACCACUGGACAACCUACAAUGACCAGUUACCCUACCUGGCACGACUUUGGACUGUGGGAGGAAACCGGAGCACCCUGAGGAAACCCACACAUUCACGGGGAGCACUGGGAGAGGCUCCUUACGGGACGGAGCUGCAACUGAGCUCCAAACUGUGCCCUCUCUGAAUUGAACUCCAGAUUCUGGGAUGCCCCGAGCUUUAAUAGUGUCGCGCCAACUGCGAGCUUGCAUGGCACCCAGCUGUCAGCAUUCUGUUUCUAUUUUGCAUGAAAUAUUGCCAUUUUGCCGUUUGUGGGAUCUUGCUGUGUACAAAUUGGCUGGGGUAUUCCCUGUAUUACCGCCACAAUUACGUUUCGCAGGCCUCCCCGUGACCGCGUGGGUUUCCUCCCACGCUCCAAAAACGUACGGCUUAGAGUCAGUAGGUUGCGGGCUGCCCCCAGUGCAUCCUCGGACUGUGUUGGUCGAAGAUGGAAGCCUCACAUCUGGAAUCGAAUCAAAUCAAAUUCAAGUUUAAUUACCAUUCAACCAUACGUGAAUACAGCCGCACGAAACAGCGUGGAGCCAUGGUGCAAAACAUAGAACAGCGCAUUCAAAAUAGCGAGCAAAAAACAAACAAAGGUAUUGUCCUGAGCAAGAUGUCCUGCAAAUUGAUUGCACAGAUUACCCGCGGUGUGCCUGUCAUUCUGCUGCUUGAGCGCUAGGGGGCAGUACCGGGCCGAGCAGGGGCGCCGCGCUGCAGCGCUGGCCGGUUCGUUUCACCGAGCAGGUGACGAACAAACUGAGCUUUAAUCUUUAGGUAGCGGACGGGCUAUUCCGAUGUUCGUUCCGUUAAAAUGCUGCAUAAUAUGAUAACAUUUGAUGGGAGUAUUUUAAUAUUUUGAGACCAUUUAAUGCAACCUCUAACAUAUUAACGCUCUCAUCCAUCGCCAGUAAGUGCCGAAGCUCCUUACUGUGAUGCACAAUGUGUCUACAUUUCACUUCCCACCUGUCGCUUUUGCUCUCGAACGCAACUGAAAUAAAUGGUUUCUUGAAAAGCAGCGUCUGCCCGGUGCAAGAUUGUCCGCCGAUGUUAAUGAACGAAAGGCUCAAAGUAGAUUGAUUAUUAAUGCCACCAUAUAUAACCCUGAGGUUCAUUUUAAUGCGGACAUGCUCAGCAAAUACAAACAACACAACAGAAUCAAUGAAAAAACGCACACAACGGGACAGACAACCAAUGUGUAAAAGAUAACAAAAUAUGCAAGUACUAAAAAAAACACAAAACAAUAAAUUAACAAAUAUCGAGAACACGAGCCAUUGAAACUGAGUGCAUUGGUGGUGGGAACAGUUCAGUGAUAGGCUGACUGAAGUUAUCUCCUCGGGUUGAAAAGACUGAUGGCUGUGGGGUAAUAACUGUUCCUGAACCCGCUGCCCGAUGGUUGUGGUGCGAAGAGGCUGCCACCGUAUGUGGCCUCCGUCGCUCCGUUCAGUCAGGGGCAUGGACAGGAGAGGCUGUUGGAAGCGUUCCCCACACCCCAGGGCCAAGGUGUCUGAAAACUGAGGGGUCAGGUUCAGAGAAUCGCCUACCCAAAAAGAGGCCCUUUGGCCCGUCGUGUCCGGGCUACUCAUCGUACUAUCCACGCUAACCCCACGGGCCAGGACGCAGUCUGCAGGCUUCGAUACUUUGGUGGCUGAUGUGUGUGCCCAGGUUGAAUGUCCAUUUAGGAAUCGGAUGGCAGAGGGGAAGAAGCUGUUCCUGAAUCGCUGAGUGUGUGUCUUCAGGCUUCUGUACCUCCUACCUGAUGGAAACAGUGAGAAAAGGGCAUGUCCUGGGUGCUGGAGGUCUUUAAUAAUGGACGCUGUCGUUCUUCAGCACCCGUUCCUUGAAGAUCUUUUGGAUACUAUGGAGGCUGAUGCCCAAGAUGGAGCUGACUAAUUUUACAAAUUUCUGCAGCUUCUUUCGUUCCUGUGCAGUAGCCCCUCCACACCAGACAGUGAUGCAGCCUGUCAGAAUGCUCUCCACGGUACAAGUAUAGAAGUUUUUGAGUGUUUUAUGUGACUAACCAAAUCUCAAACUCGUAAUGAAGUAUAGUCACUGUCUCGCCUUCUUUGUAACUGCAUCGAUACGUUGGGAGCAGGUUAGAUCCUCAGAGAUGCUGACACUCAGAAGCUUGAAAUUGUUCGCCCUCUCUACUCCUGAUCCCUCUAUGAGGAUUGGUUCGUGUUCCCUCCACUUGCCCUUUCUGAAGAACACAAUAAAUAUAAAUAUAUUGGACAACUUUUUGGGCAGAGACUUCUCGAUCCUAUUGAAGAGUCCGAAACGUGGACUGUUUAUUCCAUACCCUCCAUAGAUGCUGCCUGACCUGCUGAGUUCCUCCAGCAGUUUGUGGGACUGUCAAUAAGUGUAAUAAGAGUUUCAAUCACCCUUUGGGUAAAAAAACAUAUUCCUCAGAUCCUCUCUUCCGCCUCUCUCUGGCACCCAGGGAAAGUUGGCAAAUUGGAUCCAAGAUUAGUAAAUUGGUAACUAUCGUCACAGUGAAAAAGGCAUCUUGCAGACUCCAUACAGAUCAAAUCAUUACACAGUGCAUUGAGUAGAACGAGGGAAAACGUUAACAAUGCAAAAUAAUAGAACAUAGAAUAGUACAGCACAGUACAGGCCCUUCGGCCCACAAUGUUGUGCCGACCCUUAAACCCUGCCUCCCAUAUAACCCUCCACCUUAAAUUCCUCCAUAUACCUGUCUAGUAGUCUCCUAAAUUUCACUAGGGUAUCUGCCUCCACCACUGACUCAGGCAGUUCAUUCCACGCACCAACCACUCUCUGAGUUAAAAACCUUCCUCUAAUAUCCCCCUUGAACUUCCCACCACUUACCUUAAAGCCAUGUCCUCUUGUAUUGAGCAGUGGUGCCCCUGGGGAAGAAGCGCUGGCUAUCCACUCUAUCUAUUCCUCUUAUUAUCUUGUACACCUCUAUCAUGUCUCCUCUCAUCCUCCUUCUCUCCAAAGAGUAAAGCCCUAUCUCCCUUAAUCUCUGAUCAUAAUGCAUACUCUCUAAACCAGGCAGAAUCCUGGUAAAUCUCCUCUGUACCCUUUCCAAUG